CUCAGCGCCGCCUGCUCCUGCUGCCUCUGCCCCGCUGGAAAUUCAGCGAAGCCGCAGAAGAAGGGCCGUUCCGGCUAACAUGAUGGCAGCCAAGCAAGCCGAGCUCAUGGGCAUCUGCUCCAGCUACCAAGCGGUCAUGCCUCAUUUCGUGUGCAUCGCCGAGGAAUUCCCGCAGCCCAUCCGCCCCGCCAAGAUGCCCAAGGGCAAGCUGAGGAGACCGAGGCAGUCCCGCUUCAAGACCCAGCCGGUGACUUUCGAUGAGAUCCAGGAGGUGGAGGAGGAAGGGGUUUCCCCCAUGGAGGAGGAGAAAGCCAAGAAAUCCUUCCUGCAGUCCCUGGAGUGCCUGAGGAGGAGCACCCAGAACCUGAGCCUGCAGAGAGAGAAACUCAGCAGCUGCAAGCUACGGAACAGUUUGGACUCUAGUGACUCUGACUCUGCCCUGUGAAGGGAUCACUGGGGCUCAGUGAUAACCCAUCGCAGCAGCUUUGCAAAGCCAAUGGACAGCGAGAAAGGACUGUGCUUCACAGCCAAGCUUGCAGCCGCCAGAUAGAGGCCAAGAACUUUAUAGAGUCUAUAUUUUUCAAGGGAGACUAUUUGUGGAGAUUCUUGCUACCCAGAAUUGCUUGCCGAGUAAUGGCUUUUGGACACUCUCUUUUGUAUUAUAGAUCAGAUCCAGUCAGUCAGUCAGUAUGGCAAAGGGGGAGUUUGGGACCAGGAUGAAGAAUUUAUUUGAGAGGGGGGUGAAGUUCCUUUCUCAUUAUCCUCAUGAUAAAGAACCAGUCUGAGUGGGAUAGUUUCCAAGAGCAAUUUGCAAGUAAGGUCAGGAUGUUUUCUAGGAAAGCGUUUUUAUGUUUUGUUUCUAUUAGAUUGUAUGAAACUUCUGAUUUAAAAAAACCCUUUUCUAUUUGUUAGAAGAAGUCAGAGCUGUUUUGGAUGCAGUGAGCUGCUGGACUUUAUAUUUAUUUUUGCAUUUAAACCGUUGACUGCAUUUAAUUUAAUGUUUUUACCUAAAUGUCUGUUGUUAUUUCCAUAAAAGAGAAAUAAAAGUCAAUAUAUUUGCA